CCGUAAGUAGUGUUGCGCGUUGAAUGUGAGUUCGGCAUGAGUUUCACGUCGGGCAGAGCGGGCAUGUACAAUUCACAUCCGACAUUCAAUCGCUUCUGGCGACAUUAUGAAGCAUCUAUGGUGUGGAUGCGUGCCCACUACGCAACAGUCAGUCGCAUCAAUGCCGAAUAUAUGGCGACGGUGGUGGCAGCAGCGGCGGCGGGCACUGCGCACUCCUCCCAGAGGACCGAUCAGCCGACCCGGCAAAAAAGUCCGAGGGGUCCAUCCAACAGCAAGCGAAGGAAGUUCCACAGUCCCACGGCGAGUACUUCGCCACGAAUCCUAAAUGAUGAUAACAACGACAACGUACGAACAACCAUGAAUGUGUCCACGAUUUGUGACGGUCACGUUCAGGCCUAUGAAGUCAAUCAGGGCGGGGAAUAUCGUACGCCGAGUGAGGAAGAGCUAGAGGCAACAGGUAACGAGGAUAUAAGCGAUGCGAUUCUCGAUUUUUUCGAGACAUCUCGUCGUCAUAGGGAACAGCGCGAUCUGGAAGAGUCUCAACGACACUAUGAAAAUUUGGAGAACUUAAUGAUCUCGACACGGCCGUCGGCAGUGAACUCAGGCGCGGAUACGAGCGCGAUGUUUGAAGCGUGCCAGCGCGAAAUGAAAGAGUUGUACGGCUCGCAAGCGGCCACAAUACACGGCAUGGAGAUGGCGAUGCAGUGCGGGUUUGAACGUUUCGCCCAAGCCGAUGUCAAACUUUGGCCCAACAUACCUAUGAGGUUAUAAGAACCGUCGAUGUUAUUUGGUCUCAGUAAUUCGUCACUUGACUAAACCGUAGUGGAAAAACCUGAGUCAACCAAUGUCAAUUUAUUCCCGAACGGAGUAUAUCGCAAGAAAAUGCCUUGCCCUUUAGAGUCAUGCAAGCUAAUUGCUGUGAGGCUGACCAGCAUCUAUUGAUUCUGUUCGUGUAUCGUGGACAAACCGAUUUUUCUUCGGUAUAUUAUUACAAAGAACGGAUUUUAAUUAUAGCGAAACUAAGUUUAAAACUUGGACACUCCUUACGUGCUUGCGGAACAUUUACAAAAUUUCACUAAAGCAGAUCCACUUGUUUAAUUGCACAAUAUAUAUA